CUCAUCAAAAUCGCAUUCUCAUUCUCUUUCUCUCUCUAAAAUUCUCUCUCUCUAUUUUCUCUCUCUAAAAAUCUCUGUUCAACUUGUACCUAUAGAGCGAGCGAACACGAACCAUCUCGUUUUGUUCGAAGUGAGAAGAGAUUGAGUGUAUUUCCUCAUUGUGGGCAUGUCAUGUUUAUUGUUGCUUAAAAAUAAUACAAGCAACACACCUGUUCAACGUUUUAUUCAGUAUUUAGUCUGCAUCCUUAUGCAUAUAAGAUGGGUUCCGGAGGAAGACCGAUAUUUGAAUUUGACCUCAAUGAGCCAGCUACAGAGGAUACUGAUGAGAAGGGCAGUGUUUUCUGCUUGCAGCCCCAAAAGACCCAACCAUCAACAAAUUCCAAUGCUCCUGAAUUAUUUGUAGCUUCUACUGCUGCUCAAGGAAUAAUGAAUAAUCAUGCAUUUUCACAUGCCUCAACUGUCUCGGGAUUUCAACCUUUUAUUCGCUCUAAAUCUGGUAGUUCCCCUGGCGCUGAUUCUGAGUUGAAGAAAGCUGGAGAUCAGGGUCCAAAGGCUUCCUCUAAGUUCAUUAAAGACGAGGAUGUUAAAGUUAAGGAAUCACGCAUAUCUGGCUUGGCAAAUGCUGAAUCUACUGAAAGGGAAGAAGGUGAGUGGUCUGAGGAGGAGGGUUUUGCUCAUGCAAAUGGCGGUAAUAAUCUGCCACAACCAAGUCAUGCUCCGGUAGAGCAAGCAACACCUGGAAUGAUGGAUGGAAGUGUUUCAGUUGCUUCUGACAGUAAGUCUAGCAAUACCAAGAGUUCUAAUUCUAAUAAUAUAAUUGAUGAAAAGAGUAGCCGUGUUUCUAUAGGUCUAGAAUCAAAUAGUAGUGAACAAAAAAACAAUGGUAUCCCAAAUUCAGAAAGCAAUAUAAAAAGUGAAGCUUCUAUUGAUACACAGGAGGAACCCAGUUUAGUUCCCAAGCAAAAAGAGGUGAAGGGUACUGAAGCAAGUCAUGCAAUUAGGUGUGCAAAUAUUCCUGGGAAGAGGAAGAUUGACCAACGAAAAGAGGAAAUGUUGGGAAAGAAACGUAAUAGACAGACCAUGUUUCUUAACUUGGAAGAUGUCAAGCAAGCAGGUCCUAUUAAAACCUCAACCCCUAGAAGACAGACAUUCACAUCACCAGUUAUAAGUCGGACUGUGAAGGAAGUUCGUACCGUUCCUGCACAAGUUGAACGUGUUGGAAUAGCUAAGGAUCAGAAUCAAGCCGACUCCUCUGUCGGCGAAGGUGUAAGUCAAACUGAAACACAUGAACCUAAAUCUGAUAGUAAUGGUGAUAAUUCUGGACCAUUUGGUAGGUCUAGGAGGAUUAACAGUGAGGCAGAAACUCCUAUAGAGGCCAAUUUACCACCCAUACCAAGACAGGGAUCAUGGAAACAACAGACAGAUUUGAGGCAGCAGAAGAAUGCAUUUGUUUCUAAUAGGAAGUUGGGACAGAGUGGUCAAAGCUCCAAUGAUGCCAGGCUGGGAAACAAGAAACAUCAUUCUAUUAAGAAGCAAACUCCUGUCAGCUUCCAGUCCCAGGACUCAUCUGUUGAACGCCUCAUUCGGGAGGUAACCAGUGAAAAGUUUUGGCAUCACCCAGGAGAGACCGAUUUAAAGUGUGUUCCUGGAAAGUUUGAAUCAGUGGAAGAGUAUGUUCGAGUAUUUGAGCCUUUGCUUUUUGAGGAAUGCCGUGCUCAACUUUACAGUACCUGGGAAGAAUCAACAGAAACAGUGUCAAGGGAUACUCAUAUUAUGGUGCGAGUGAAGGCAAAUGAGUCAAGAGAAAGAGGUUGGUAUGAUGUGAAAGUGCUUCCAGCACAUGAGUUCAAAUGGUCGUUUAAGGAGGGUGAUGUUGCAAUUCUUUCGUCCCCUAGGCCUGGAUCAGUCAGAUCCAAGCAGAACAAUUUAGGUCACAAUGGUGGGGAAUCAGAAAUCACUGGACGUGUGGUGGGUACAGUUAGGCGACACAUACCUAUUGAUACCCGUGAUCCUCCUGGUGCAAUACUUCAUUACUAUGUAGGGGAUUCUUAUGAUCCUAGCAGGCAAGCAAUCCAAUUUUCCCCAUUGAAGAUACCAGUUAAUUGUUUUGUUAAUAUAUGUACUUUCCUGGUUCCAUUGUUAUACUUAGAUGAUAUUGUUCUUUUCUUCAGGGCUGAUGAUGAUCAUAUCGUAAGGAAACUUCAAACUGGAAGCAUCUGGUAUCUCACAGUUCUUGGUUCUCUUGCUACCACACAGAGGGAGUAUAUUGCUCUGCACGCAUUUCGUCGCUUAAAUAUGCAGAUGCAAAAUGCAAUUCUUCAGCCUAGUCCUGAGCACUUCCCAAAAUACGAGCAGCAUACCCCAGCAAUGCCUGAAUGUUUCACACCGAACUUUGUUGAGUAUCUGCGAAGGACCUUCAACGAACCCCAGUUGGCAGCAAUCCAGUGGGCAGCUAUGCAUACAGCUGCUGGUACAAGUAGUGUUGCAACAAAAAGGCAAGAUCCUUGGCCUUUCACUCUUGUUCAAGGACCUCCGGGAACAGGAAAAACACAUACAGUUUGGGGAAUGUUGAAUGUCAUCCACCUUGUGCAGUAUCAACACUACUACACCUCUUUGCUUAAGCAUGUAGCUCCCGAAAGCUACAAGCAAGCUAAUGAGCUUAAUUCAGACCAUGCCCCCACAGGAUCUAUUGAUGAAGUUCUUCAAAACAUGGACCAAAAUCUCUUACGAACUUUGCCUAAACUAGUCCCAAAGCCUAGAAUGUUGGUUUGUGCUCCUUCUAAUGCUGCCACUGAUGAGCUUCUUUCUCGUGUCCUUGAUCGUGGAUUUAUUGAUGGAGAGAUGAAAGUAUAUCGACCUGAUGUAGCUCGGGUUGGGGUUGAUACUCAGACACGUGCUGCCCAAGCAGUUUCUGUUGAGCGGAGAACUGAACAGCUUCUGGUCAAGACUCGGGAGGAAGUUGCAGGAUGGAUGCAGCAGUUAAGAAAUCGUGAAGCACAGUAUACUCAACAGUUGCAUUGUCUGCAUAGAGAACUGAAUGCUACUGCUGCCGCUGUGCGCUCCCAAGGAUCUGUUGGUGUUGACCCUGACCUUCUCAUGGCCCGUGAUCAGAAUCGGGAUGUUUUGCUACAGAACCUUGCAUCUGUAGUGGAAGGCAGGGAUAAGGUUCUGGUUGAGAUGUCUCGCCUUGCUGUUUUGGAAGGUAGGUUUCGACCUGGUAGUGGUUUCAAUCUGGAAGAGGCACGUGCUAGUUUGGAGGCCAGUUUUGCCAAUGAAGCUGAAAUAGUUUUCACAACAGUUUCUAGCAGUGGCCGUAAGUUGUUUUCUCGUCUUUCCCAUGGAUUUGAUAUGGUAGUCAUUGAUGAGGCUGCCCAAGCCAGCGAGGUGGGAGUUCUUCCUCCCCUUUCACUUGGGGCAGCACGAUGUGUUCUUGUUGGAGAUCCUCAGCAGCUUCCUGCUACAGUUAUCAGCAAGGCUGCAGGAACAUUGAUGUACAGCAGGAGUCUUUUUGAAAGGUUCCAACAAGCAGGAUGCCCAACAAUGCUGUUGUCUGUGCAAUAUAGAAUGCAUCCCCAAAUUCGGGAUUUCCCUUCUAGAUACUUUUAUCAGGGACGCCUUAGUGACAGUGAAAGUGUGGUUAAACUGCCUGAUGAAGCAUACUAUAAAGAUCCUUUACUCAGACCUUAUAUAUUCUAUGAUAUCAGGCAUGGGCGGGAGUCUCACAGAGGUGGUUCGGUCUCCUACCAAAACAUGACUGAAGCACAAUUUUGUCUCCGGUUGUAUGAGCAUGUUCAGAAAACUGUGAAAUUUUUGGGUCUGGCAAAGAUUACUGUUGGCAUAAUUACUCCCUACAAGCUGCAGUUGAAAUGCCUCCAACGCGAGUUUGAGGAAGUCUUAAAUUCAGAAGAAGGGAAGGAUCUAUAUAUCAACACAGUAGAUGCUUUCCAAGGUCAAGAGCGUGAUGUGAUCAUAAUGUCUUGUGUGCGUGCAUCAACUCACGGGGUUGGUUUUGUUGCUGAUAUACGUCGAAUGAAUGUUGCCCUUACGCGUGCAAGAAGGGCCCUUUGGGUGAUGGGAAAUGCAAAUGCUCUGAUACAAUCCGAAGAUUGGGCUGCUUUGAUUGCAGAUGCAAGAUCUCGAAAUUGCUACAUGGACAUGGAUUCUCUUCCGAAGGAUUUUCUGGUGACCAAGGGACCUGUUUACACACCAUUGCCUGGUAAGGCACCUACGAAUAUGAGGGGAAUGAGAUCAGGUGGACCAAGAUAUAGAUCAAUGGAGAUGCAUAUGGAAUCCAGGGUGGGAGCACCAUCUGAAGAUGAUGAGAGGAUGAAUGGAGCCUCCGUAAGCUCCAGAAAUGGGAACCAUCGUCCAUCAAGGUAUUUAACAGAGAACGCCUUAGAUGAUUCUGAGGGUGAUAAAUCCAGAGAUUCCUGGCAGCAUGGCAUACAGAAGAGGCAGGGUUCAACCGGAACCAUGGCAAAGAGAGACGUAUAGCCAUUGUUUUAUCUGCAGAUUCUUCUUUUGCAUCAAGACAUUUGGGGGGUGCAGGAGUUUAUGAGCUAUUUGAUUUCGUUGUUCUGUGAUCUCAUCCCCCGGUGCAGCACUGCUGAAAGUUUUCAGCCGAGGGGGCUUUCGGGGAUGCUGGAUGGGCCACAAAUAUACACAAAAAAAAACAUGGAAGAUGAAAGAGAGUAUGUAACGUGGAUAAUCCAACAUUCUUGCAUUGAACGAAUGCAAGAAUGUUGGUUCUAACCAUUCUGUGGACAUAACUGCAGCUGCUGGGAUGUGUUUGGGGGAAAGACUGCAGACAUUUAAAUGAAAAACAAGGUGGGGGGAGAGAAAAUACUCAAUUUUGUAUCAAAAUGAAAGGAAACAAACAAGUGCAUGAUUUUAGGGAUCUAAGGUGGUGGCAGUUUGCUGUUAACUGACUUUGUACAUAGGUGGAUUCACAACAAUGCUGUAGCAAAUUGUUUCUUUCAUAAUUUUAUUCACAACAAUGUGAAGUGUUUCACUUCCAAAGAAGAAGAAAGGAAAUAGAUUACCUUACAAUAAUACUCAAAAUGUUUGUAUGGAAUUUCUCAUUAUUUUAUUUAUUCAUUUAUUUAUUUCA